AUGGCCCUCAGCAACCUCCCGUUAGUGUCGUCACCAGCCGUGUUGGCGACAGCAGCCACAUCCGUCCUACUCUAUCUUCUAUUUUUGGUCCUUCACAGGUCCCAACACUCUUCCCUUCCCCUACCACCAGGUCCUCCGGGCCGGUUUCUUGUUGGCAACCUUGGUGAUGUCAGCGCCGACCAUCCGGAGGAAGACUACAUGCGAUGGGGCACAGACUACGACUCGGACGUCAUUCACGUCGAGGUCCUUGGCCAGCACAUGAUCUGCCUCAACAGUGUUGCCGCCGCCACCGAGAUACUCGACCGUCGUGGUGCCAACUACUGCGACCGGCCUCGCUUUGCGCUCUUCGAGGUCAUGGGCUGGGGCCUGACGUUGACGUUCUUGCGCUGGGGUCAGCAGUUCAAACUUCACCGCAGCCUCUUCCAGAAGACAUUCACGGCAUCCAACGUUAAGGUUUUCCGGCCCAUCCAGCUGCACGAGUCGCGCAAAGCUGUGGUUGACCUGUUGGCCCAUCCGGACCGCUGGGAAGAGGCCACGCUGUUGAUGACAACUAGUAUCAUCUUCCGCAUUGCCUUUGGCCAGGAAAUCACGGACGUAUCGUCGCCGUACUGUGCGAUGGCCGCCGCCGCCAACGAAGCCACGACCAACGGCGGAAUUGCCGGCACCUCACUCAUCGAUUUGUUCCCGCCCGCACGGUUUCUGCCCGGAUGGCUGAACCCGUCGCCGGCGCUACGCCAUGCCCGCAACAGCCGUAAGGCCAUCCGUACGAUCCACGACGUGCCGUGGGCCGCUUCGCUCAAGGACAUCGAGGCUGGCACGGCGCCACCGUCUUUUAUGCGUACGCACUAUGAGCGCUUGCAAGAAAGUAUCCGAGCUGGCAAGCCCAUCGACAUGACCGAGCGCGACAUCAAGGGUGCCACAGGCGCUGUCUUCAUUGCUGGUGGUAACUCGACCUGGAGUACUGUGCUCUCAAACCUCAUGUUCCUCGCCAAGAACCCGACUGUGCAAAAGGGUAUCCAGGAGGAAGUUGACCGUGUGCUUGGUGUCGAUGGCAGUGAUGCGCAGUCGGCUCCAAGGCUGCCGACGUUCGAAGACCGGUCCGAUCUUCCUCGUCUCGACCGCUUCCUCCAAGAAGUCCAGCGCUCCCUUCCACUCAACCCUCUAGUCAUCCCGCACAAAAGCCUGCGGGAGGACGAGUAUCGUGGCAUGCGCAUCCCCGCUGGUAGUCUGGUGCUAGCCAACACCAAGGCGAUGGCGAUGGACCCAAGCGUUUACCAGGACGCUCACAUUUUUGACCCUGACCGGUAUAUCAGCACGGAACACGGCGGCCGUGGCGAGCCGUUCCCCAAUGGCAAUUUUGGAUUUGGCCGGCGCAAGUGCCCGGGCAACUUUCUAGCCAUGGCCACGGUAUACAUGUUCCUAGCGACGUUGCUGGCCGUGUACGAGGUCGAGAUGGUUAUGGGGCCGGACGGCAAGCCGAUCGAGCCACAACCGGCGGUGACCAUUGGGCUAGGCGGACAUCCAGCACCUUUCCAGUGCCAAUUGAGGCUGCGCAACCCCGCUAUGGCCCAACUUCUCAAGGAAUCGACAUGA